AACACCCUUUUUAGUGCUUCAGCUCUCUUUAGCUUGUAUCGCACACGUUACAGUUGUCACCUUGAAGCAGCACAUACUUCCAAGUGCGAGACAUUAUCGUUUCACAGUAACAACUAGUUUCACCUUAGCUUGCUACAAUUUGCAGGUAUCAGGUCUGAGCAAGUUUCAUUGAAAGCUGUGCAGUUCUCAACUCAACCAAAGCAACGCGCAUGUUGUGCUGGUGAAGCUGGACCGCAGCAAAGCUAGCAGCCACACAAAGUGCACGCGGGAUGGAGGAGGGGCCUGAUGGCACGCCGCGGCGCUCUGGCGCGCCGCGCACGUCCGUCAUCGGGCAUGUGCCUUCCCCAAAGCCGGCGGCGGGGAAAGCGGCCGCCCCGGCCGCCGGCAAGGGCGGCGAGCAAACCACCACAAUGGUACACUCGGAUGAGGGCGCGGAGCUGCAAAAGGUGGAGCGGCCGGAUGAUCGUGUGGUGACGGAGAUCGUGGGCUGCUUGAAGAUGAAGAACAGCAUGCUAGCUAUGGGCGCGUGUGAGCGUGUGAAGAAGAUCGCCCGUGUGUACCCCAUGGAGGUGGCCAACAGCGCCAUCAUGGACCAGCUCACGGACAUACUCAAGGACGGGUCCGCCUCGGUGCUGGCAGGCAACGUGAUGCAGGCUCUGUCGGUGAUGGCGCUCAAUCCGGAGGGCCGCCAGAAGGUCUGCCUGGCGGGUGCGUCCCUGCCCCUCAUCCACUUCAUCCGCGCCGCCGACCUGUCCCGCCCCAACCUGGACCGCGCCGUGACGCUGCUGAUGAACCUGGCCGCCGACACCUCCAACCGCCGCUCCAUACGCGAGCAGGGCGGCGUGGAGGCGCUGGUGGAGGUGCUCAAGGUGGCGCCGCUCAGCGAGCCGCUGAUGGAGCACGCGCUGGGAGCGCUGCACAACAUCGCGCUGCUGGACGCCAAGGCCAAGGGCCGCGCGCUGGAGGCGGGCAUCCUGGAGCCGCUGCUGCGCAUCACCACCGCCAAGGGGCUGCCGGAGGCGGACAUGUGCGCCGUGCGUGGCCGCAUGAUCCUCACCGAGCUGCUCAAGAUGCCGGAGACGGAGGAGCGGCUCGCGGCGGUGGCGGCGGAGAUGGGCGUGCGGCUGUAGCCGGGGCUGGGGCAGGAGGCCGGGUGCGGAUGAGGGCGGGUGCUGGGGGUAGGGGCUGGUGAGGUAGUGCGGGUUGCAGCUGGGGGCAGCUUGAGUGGUGAUUGGCAUAUGCGGGUGAUUCUUCAAUCGGAUGGGCGGGCGCGCUGCCACUGCAGGCAUGCCGGCGGCAGCCUAGGCGUUUGAAGCGCAGCGGAUGGACGGACGAUACCGCUAUGUGGCUUGGUUGCUUAACAACGACGGUGGGAGUUUGUGCGUGUGUGUUUGUGGGGGUUUGUGCGUGUGUAUCGUAUGCAUAUUAGGUGUGAGGUUUUCACUGAUCUGGGGUAGAAGCAUGAGCGCGCAACACAUGCACCUGUUAUGGGCGCUGCGCACUGCCUAACAACGAAAGCCUGCGUGCGUGUGGGUGUCUGCACCGCAUGUGCUGUGAGAGGCACGUGCUGAGGCGAGGGCGCGGCGAGCCUGAUCGGAGCCGCAGGACCUCGUGAUGUAGGACAAUAAGGACAUGAAUAAAAGGAGAAGCUAGAGGUAUGUCAUCGGUACUACGUCAUUAGGUCUGUGAUCGAUGUACUGGGUACAGGACUACAGGUCACUGGGUAGAGGUGACUGGCGAGACGCUCUGCAUUCGUGACUCGCAUGCAAACUUUCUGGUCCUCCUUUAAGACGAAUGUUCUGCGCGUACUGGAAUGCUGGCUACGCAAGGAGGUCCUGAAACAGGCCUGACAUGUGCUGGUGCAGUGUUAAGGAGUAAGCAACUGCGGAAU